UUCUUUACAGGUUAUAUUAUCUGUAUGGGAUAGAGCUGAAAACUCAUCAGUACUGGAGAUUUUCUGCAACUCCUGUAUCGCUUUUGACCACAGGCGAAUAAGCUGAUGAAAAUCAGUAACUUUUUCUUGUAUUCUGAUGCGUCACUCAAACUUACAAGAAGUGUUAUCAAUGUUUAACGUGUAUUUCAAAGAACCGCUACACUAACCUGUUUUAAUCGACUUGAAUUCAACACGUGCGGCGUCAAGUUUUAACAGAAAGACGUACUUUUCCACAAACCAUAUCUUCUGUGAUUCGUCUUGUGAGUCCUUGUUUUUGAAAACGAAAUGGGUCCGUUUCAUCGGAAAGCUUUCACUCCAGGGGAGAGCCCGCCCUAGAAUGGUUGGUCCGUAGUUUCAAGUUCUUUCCACUCUCCGCACUGGCCCUUGUUUAUUGUUAAACUGUUCGUCUGUUAACUAUUAUAACUGAUUAACCUUCGACGGUGGACAAUGGACGGGAGGCAUGACCUGACGGUAGACCACACUAGAUUGUUAGCCAAUGGUGGCGGUUACACGGCUAUGGACAAUUCGGCUACUGGUCACCCAAACUCUCAACAGUUAAGGCCUCCGUACGGGGACUUGUGCAGACCUCCAGGAACGGAUACUUCGACCUUGUCAGCUGCAUAUCAUAGUCGAUACCUGGCAUCGAUGCCGCUGUCCACAGGCUCCAGCUUUCCAUUUCUGGGUAGCAUGUUCACUGGUACUUUACCUGCGCCACCUACCAGUCCAUUCCGUGCUCCAUCUACUCCAGGAGUCAACAAUUUAAGGUUUUGGCCACCGACACCUCCACCUGAUGGUUAUGGACGGUACUCGAUGAACACUAAUUUAUAUCCAUUGUUUGGUGCACCAUCCCCAGACAAUGGAGCAUUCCUCACUCAAGGACUAGUCCCACGGUUGGGUUUGGCGACAAAUUCCAUCAUGGAUCAUAAAGAACACAGUUUGUUUUCUCACGGAAUUGGUUUAGGCUCCCCUCUGACCCCAACCAGUCAUGUGACCUCACCUUCACCCUAUCCUCAUCUUAUCCCUUCUUUAGAAAGGCACCCAGCAUAUGGUGGUCACAUGACUUUGGGAAACAAGGAGCUUGAAGAUCUCCAGCAUGAUGCUGAUGAAGCCCGUCUCAUGAAGAAUCAUAUGGACUGUAUCAUGAAGCAUGACAUUCCCUCCUCUCGGCAGGAUCGCCAGAAAUCUAAAACUGAUUCCAGGCACUGUUGUGAAAAAUCAAGUGAUGAUUGUUGUAAAAUGUCUCCAUCCUGUAUUUCCCGUGAUAAUGGAAGGUCUCAUGAUGACUUAAGGAGUAUUUCAAAACUAGAUGCCAAGAAUCACAGUCGUCAUCCAACAAAUAAAGUUCAGCCAUGUAAAAUUGAAGUGAGCCAUUCGCCAACCUUAAAACCAGACCUUUUAUCACCGCCAAUUGAGUCUCCAAAAUCAGAAACUACAUCACCAUGUAGGAGUUCCAAAAAAACAUCUGUGUCACCUUUUUCAGUCAACCUGUCUUCACCUGUUACUACUCCAGUCACCAUGUUUGAUAGUUGUCCAGAAACAAGAUGUUCUCAGUGUGCUGCUAGUAUGAAGGGUAUUGGCAUUGCAACUAAAUUAAAUACAUGUGAAAAUAAAGAGACUUCAGAGCCAGUAAUUUCAACAACCUCAACUGUUGAGUCUUUUAUCUCUCAGAAAAGUCAUACAUCUGUUGUCUCUACAUUGUCCACAACUGCUGCCAGCCCUGUGUCCACAGCUAUCAACCCUGUCAACACAAAUCAUUCACGAGUCGCAACUUUAAAUGACAGCAAACAGUGUUAUCCUAAAUCUCCAAGGUGUUCUCCUGUGAUAAAUGUGGUAGAAACUGGUGAGAAAUCCUUGUCUGAUCAGUUAUUAUGUAAAUCUAAUAGAAGUAACUCCGAAACACCUCCUGCAAAAUUAACUAAUAGUUCAUCUGCAUCAUUAAAGCAUGUAACUGCAGCUGUAAUACCCACUGCUCCAAAACAGACAGUCCACCGCGAGAUCCAUCCAGAAACAAAUUGUUCUUCAUCUAUGCAAGAUCUUUCAAAGAACAAUGCCAAUAAUGAACAAGCUGUUAUUGUUCCUGAAACUAAUAUUUAUGCAGAAAGACAAAAUGUCAAACUAGAGGUAAUUGAAUCAAAUGGCCUUCCUGACAAAAUUCCUUCUGCACAAAGUCAGUUAGCAAAUCCUGUCUGUGCCGCAUAUUCUAACAAAUCUUUAAGUAAGAAUCCAUCUACAAGUUGUAAAGUCAAAGAUAUGAUAAAAAAUUCUUGUUCUGUAAAGCAGUUAAGUGCAGAGAGGGUCUCUGACAUAUCUCCAUCCAAGAGCUUGGAUAGCGAUGCAUGCAAUAAAACAUCACAGCCAAAUUCUUCAAUUGUGUCCUCUUGUGUUGUUUCCAGUGUUGUUAGUCCUACAGUGAUAUCUAAAAGUACAUGUAAGUCUGGAAACAUGCCAUUUUCUACCAUUGAGAAUGCUAGAAAAUGUAGUCCUUUCAAAGAAGAUCUUCCUGUGAUGAAAGCGGAAACUGCGAGUGCCCGACUAGAUUGUGAAUUUUCUCAAAAGUCAACUUCUGGCUGGACCAAAGCCACUGUUUUGCCAUUUAAUUGGCAGAAUGGUAGUGGACAUGAUGACCAAGCGAUAAAUUUAACAGUUUCUAAGAAAUCUGUGAAACCUGAACCCAGUGAAACAACUACUACUCAAAACUCUGAGAUCUCUCAGGCUUCAGUUAAACUUGGAACAGAAAGCACAACAGUGUCAAAUUCUGGGGUUAUUGGUGUUUGCCAUCCAAAUCCAAAUCCUAAUCCAAGCAAAAUUAAAGGUGCAUCUUCUGUAAGUUCUAUCAGCAAUUUUGCAUCGAUUUCUGUUCUAAAUCAACCCACUGAACAGGCAACUGAGGUACAUAUAAUGCACAGAUCUUCAAAAAGCUCAUUCCCCAUUGUGAAUAGAAAUGCAACACCUCCAGUAUCAUUAAAAAGUACUAUAUCUCAUGUCACUGCAAAUACUAAUAUUCACAGAUCUUUGAAAGCAGAAAAACUGACUACAAAGCGGGGUAAACUGAGUGAUGUUGAUAAACUUGGCCAUAGUGGAAGAGCUACAUUAGCCACUUUGGCUCCAAAGCUAUCAAAAAAUAUCGGUUUUGGAAAAGAGGUUCAGACUUCCCAUACAUUAUCAGCAGCUUCAUCUGUCUCUUCUACAUCCAUAGUAUUUCCUGCUACAGUAAAUCCAUGUAUCCCUGUUGGCAUAGCUAUUGCACAACAGAGGCAAGAUUCUUCUGCAACUUCAAUAGGUAAAUCGCAAUCUUCUGUCUCAUCGAGUGCUUCUAAUGUAAUGACACCCAAUUCACAUUUGGCACCUAAUCGGGUGACAUCUGAGUUGCAGACGCAAGAAAUUAUUAGGGAUCAAAAGAGUCAAGAUUUGUCUUGCUCUAACAAUCCAACACCUGUGGAUACAAAUUUGCUAGUCACCCAAGGACCAACAAUAGUUUCUCGGCAGUGGGAAUCGGAAGCAUUGACUAGAGCAGCUUUACCUUCUUCGUGGGUAACUCAUGGAUCUAUUGUUGCUCCUGCAGUUUGGUUAGGGCAAAGUGCAUAUGCUGCAGCACCAGCCCCUGCCUCAAACACUGUGCCAAGUGUUGCAAUGAAUUCACUUGAAUCUUCUCCUAUUUCUUUGCCUCCAGGUGGUUACCAGCUUGCUCGUGAUUCUAUCACUGGUCAUCUAUUACUGAUACCAACAGCUAACAUAGAAUUAAUGGACAGACCAUCUGUAUGGCCAUCAUUCAGUUCUUCCUCUGGUAACCUACCAAUUCAGCAGCUUGUUACACAGCAGCAGCACACACAGUUUGAACAAGUCAUUCCUCAG